AUGGACGAGACCGAGCUAGAAGAGAAGAUAGCAGAGCAGGUUGGCGAAUGGUCGAGCAACUCCAACGAAUGCUUCACAAUCGAGCUUGUCAGCGGCGACGGCACAGUCACAUCUUUCAACCCGGAGUUCACCUAUCCUAUCUUCGGCGAAGAGGAGGCAAUCUUUGGAUAUCAGGACCUCGAAAUCAACCUCUCGUUCGCAGCGCAUAACCUCAAAUCGCAUCUCUCAAUCAGCUACGGCACGAAGUUCCCAGCACAAGGCGAAGUGAAGCCGACAGACAUUUAUGAAGCUCUGCGAGACUUCCUGCCGCCUAAAGCCUUCUCGAAUGAAGAUGCGACGCAAGCAGUGAAAGACGAAAGCGCCGCGCAAUUCAGACCACCUGGGGAGAGGAUACAUCGGUAUGCUAGAGGCGGCCAGUCCUAUGAGAUAUGGUGUGCCAACAUGUCAGACCCCGCUGCGAGAGAGCUGCUGCAGAAUAUGGAAAUUCUGAUGCCGAUGUUCAUCGAAGGAGGAUCCAUGCUGCAGCUGGAACAAGACUGGACCACGCAGCGAUGGAAGUUGUUCCUUCUCUACAACAUCACGCCCAAACCAGAGGCAGGCCCGGCGUACUCACCGUUCUCACUGGUCGGCUACGGAACGUCAUACCGCAUCUUCACCUUCCCCGAUCGGACAGACUCUGUGGAGUCCGAUCUAAACAUCUUCGCACCAUCUUCGCAGUCGAUAGAUGACUUCCUCCCACCACCUGACUCCACGGUGGAGAACGAUCUCGCGCCGACUGCUCACCCGGACAACAUCUGUUCGCCACUUGACCUACCCAGCCGCGAACGCCUUUCACAGUUCCUCAUCCUUCCGCCUUUCCAGAAAGAAGGCCACGGUCAGGAACUUUACAAUGCCAUGUAUCGUGCACUGUCAAAUCCUUCCAACGUCUGUGAAUUCACCGUGGAGGAUCCUAACGAGGCUUUCGACGACCUACGGGACCUUUGCGACCUCCUCCAUCUCCGUGCUCACGAUGAAGAAUUUGCCGCGCUUCGCAUCAACACCAACCUUCCAGCUGACAAGCUGAUGUCCGAAACCGAGCUGCCAACCGACAUCAUUGUGCCAGUCGCCACCCGAAACGCGAUCAUGAAGCGUACCAAACUCAUGCAACGUCAAUUCGACAGACUUGUCGAGAUGCACACUCUGUCUGCUAUUCCUCCGCUCCACCGCAAUCGAAGUCGCGUCACAAGGCGCGAGAAAGCCUCCAACCCGCAUGACAAGGCGUACUACAUCUGGCGACUGUAUGCGAAGCAACGCUUGUUCCUGUUCAACCGCGACCAACUUGCGCAGCUCGAGCGGUCGGAAAGGAUUGAGAAGCUGGAGAGCGCUCUUGAUGCAGUGCAGACGGCCUAUGCGGAGAUGAUUGAGAAGGUGGAGGAGAGGGAGAAGAAGACUGCAAGGGCUAUUGCGAAUGGAAACGGGAGUCCAGGCGUAGCGAAGGGUGGCGCAGAAGUGGAAGAGACGCAAGAGACGCCGAGGAAGAAGGAACGAAAGAGGAAGGUUGUGGAGGACGACGAGGAUGAAGAUGAGGAAGAAGGCACGGCGAAGGUGGUCACGAAUGGCCAUAAGAAGGCGAGGGUGGACUUGACUUGA